CCCACGAUGCCACUUUGGAGAUGAUGAAAUCUCUUGGGGGGGGGGGGGGGGGAUAGAAUCCAGACCUGGAAUUUUCAGAACGGUUUAACGGACUUUCGCAUGCCGACUCUGGAUUCUCGCACGUUCCGACCAGAUGCAGAUGGACGGGCUGCUGGCGGUUCGCUUGCGUUCUUCGGCCAAAGGACGAAAGGUUCACGGGGGAAGGAAGACUCCCUUGAGCAAAAUGCAGAAGGUUUUCCUGCCUUCCCCUCUACUCCUCAUCAUCCUCUCCACCCUGCAGGGUAAAAACCUGAUUAAUGAUCCUUAUAAACCUGAAUGUGUCCGCCGGAAAAUGUUGUGCCACCCGAAAGCGAUUUGUCAACGGGAUGUUCUCUCUUCGGAGUUUUAUUGCCGUUGCUUGCCAGGCUACGACGGAGACGGGAUCAAUCUUUGCCAAGCCCCCGCUUUCCACAUCACCGUUUCUGACGCUUCCGUUUGCGAUGAGAUGGGCGAGCAGGUGUGCCUCCUCCACCUGAAAGAGCCACGCGUCACUUUCCACGUCUCCGUCUCGUCUUCCGCCCACCGACGCUCGCCCAGCGUGAUCUGGUACAAGUUUUACAACGGACAGAGUCCGCAGUACCACAGCUACCGACAGCGGUUGGGAUCCAUGGGGAACAGGACUCUGAGGAUAACGGUGCACAACCGUAGCCAUAUCCUGACCCUCCUCUCGAUCCAGGAUGACGAUUUUUACCCCAAUCUUUUCUGGGCAGAAGUGAAGCUCUGCGCCCUGACCCCCAAAACUCUGGGAAUUGAAGCUUACGACUUAACCCGCUUUCAAAUGUUAAACCCUUCUGGACUGAGGUUCUAUUUCGCCCUGGAGGGAGAAUCGAUCGAGGUUGGACCCUUCCUGGAAGGAGAUACAGUGGCCCUCCGCUUACCUGAGUACCUUCACCUCUCGCCUUCCAGCUUCGUUCAGUGGAUCAAGGAACCACGCCCGCUGACCUUGAGGGACAACCAAGCUGUGGUCAUUGCCGACGACGUGGAAGAGAUGGAGAUCAGCGGUUUAACGGAGUCCAGUUUUGGUUACGUCCGAGCCCUGGUUUACGAUUUCCAUUCGGAGGUUCCUGGACGUGUUUUGGUAGCGGAAAGACUCUUCUUGAUAAAGAAAGACGUCAGCAAAACCUGCAAGGGAAGUGGAGAAGGAAGGCGUUGCCGUUGCAACCCAGGGUUCGAAGGAAGGGGUGUGCAUUGUGUCG